AAAAAUAUAUAAAAUUUAAAAAAAUUGAAUUAACCGUUUUAUCAGAAAACAUACACUUGUUAUAUAGCAGUUUGACAAACGCUAAUUUUGAUCAUUGAGAAGCUUACUUUUCCCUUAUCAACACAACGUAAUUAAAACGUUUAGCUGAUUUUACAGAGUUAUCUCCCUGUAGUGUUAGGUACCACCUUAAGAAAAGGAAAAUGUGGUCGGAUUGCCAAUUCAGCGAGACAACUAUCCACAAGAGUCAAUGGCGUUGAUGUAUGACUGGAGUAACUAAGGUUCAUUGUACGGACGCACACAAUUAGCAAAUGGCUUAUCGUAUAUAGAAAUAAAUGUAUUCUUUUAAUUUAACCUAUCAUGAAUCCUUGCCGAAUUUGAAAUUCAUUCAAUGCUUACAAUGAUUUUUUAUGUCAAUUAUUUAAUAAAAUAAAGAAUUAUAAAACAAUAAAUAGACAGUUGAAUUGAGAAUGGAAAUGGGGAAUAUGUCAAAGAGACAACAACCCGACUAAAGAGCAAACAUCACCGAAAGGCUAUCAACAAACGUCCACUAGUUUAGUCACUACCCCAUCCUUGAUAAUUAGUUUUUAAACUGACCAGACAAACAAUUGUUAAAACAACCUUUCGUAUAAUUACAUUUCGACAAUAACAAUAAUUUAAUACUAACUGAAAUUAAUUACUUUGCUACCAUUAUCACGAUUUAACUGUUUUUUCUUAUAGGAGGUAAAAUCACUUCGGAUGUGUUAUCAAUAUGAUAUUAAUGAAAACACCACUUGCUGCUCACCUGUUUGUUCAAAUGUGUCAAGUGAUUUGCAGUGUCCAUUCGGAAUGCAUCUGCUUUCAUCCAAAAUAUAUCCGGAGACAUGUAACUCAUCCAAUAGCAAUACAACAAUUAAAAACAUGUGCGUCUUGUCCUGUCCUGAAGACUUUGUACGAAUAACAGUAGUUAAUACGUCUUUUUGUUUAGAAUGUGAUAAAUUUUGUGCGAUCAACUUUGGGUUCAGACAAUUACAGAGUAAUUGCAGUUGUCCAGAGGUGACAACAGUAACUACGCCAUUGUUUGAAAUUACAGAAUUAUCUACACAAAUGACAUCCAUCUUGUAUGCAAAUACUGUUUUAAAAAGCAGUGAUAUAUCUUUAGCAGAAAUUAUAGUAUAUGGAAGUGCUGGGUUGGCCGUAUUUGUAGCUACAGUAUCUGUGUUCUGCUGCUGCCGGUGGAGAUCUAAAUUCUACAGACUACAAAAGACGAUUCAAGUACCAAAUCGGAAUAAACUAUCGACAACUUCCUCCAAUCGAGACCAUAAUGUGGAAGAAGGAAAUAAUUAUACAGACAUACAUAGAAAUACUUAUACAGACAUACCAGUCGAUUCUCAGAAUUCUGACCCAGUCAAUAUUAAUACAACAACAGGAGGAGACAUUGGUACUUAUGCAUCUAUCCCUGAUGAAAUAAAGGGAACUGAGAAUUUACAGAAUUUUUCAAAUGGAGCAAGCGGAUCUACUGUUGAGGAGAAUAAAUAUGAAGAACUGCCAUGUAGAGUCAAGACCAAGGAAACACAGUUCACUCAAAGUAUCCAAAACGAGUAUGUAAGGACAAAAAAGAAAGGUAGGCAAAACCAACAGCCAAAAGAGCAACCGAAGAUAACAACGGACGAUAACAAAUAUAUGUCCGUUCAUGGACUCAAGAGACAAGAAGCAAAAGAAGUUGUUCAGGAAAAUUCUAAUACUCUACAAGUUCCUAAGAACGAAUAUCAUUUGUCGACAGCUAAAUAUGAAUCGAUGCAUGUCGGUGACACUAUUAACAAAACUAAGCCACCUGACAUUGCCAAAGGGCAAGAGAAAGGAUCAGACUCUGUCCAACCUGUUCCGCAAUCUAAUAAUAGAAUUCAUAGUAAUAGCACUGAUGAGGAAAAAAGAAACAUUAUUUCAAAAAAGGCGGGAAUUAAUCAUGCAGACCUUUACGAAACUAUGGCUAACGUGAAACCUAUCGUUCAAACAACUGACCAAUCAGCAUCCAGACUGGUAACUGAUGCGAAACAUAAUAAUUUAGAAGCAGAUGGCGACCCUUAUAUGCACAGCAAUAGUGUAGAAAAAGGAAAUAUUCAUGAAGAUAUGUACGCGUUAAAUUGUUUACCUUUAAAGAAAAAAAAUUCCAAUCUUGUAAGUAACAAUAUUCCGAAUAGAAAUAUUGCGAACCAUAAGAACCAGAUGUCGGAUGCAUUUGGAAAUACAAAUAUAACGGGAAAUCAGAUGCCUGAGGAACAAAUUUAUGUAAAUACAGAUAUUUUUAGCAAACCACCUUGUUCUAAAACUAAUACUAAAAGCAAGUCUCCGAUUUCUACAAACAAUAAACAAGAAAGUAUAAAUGAUAAUAUUACAAUUCAGAAUAAAGAUAAGAGAGAUAUCAUUAUGAGAAGUGUUUCUAAGGGAGAUAAAGUAUCAGAGGUGGCAACAGCCGUUGGCGAAUGUCAUUCUGACGGAAAUGAAUCGGUGGUGCCUAAAGUUGUAGCUGUUGUAGGGUGCAACUCCGAUGGUGAAAUGGAAUCGGGAAAUCUUCAAGCGGAAGCCAUUGUAGGGUGCCACUCCGAUGGACAAAGUGAAUCAGAGAACUUUGAAGUUAAAGACAAUGCAGGAUUUCAGAUCAAUGAAGAAAUGGAACCAAAGGACUUUAAAACUGGCGAGUCCCGGUUGAAUCAUUCCGCAUCGUUUCAGAGUAAACUUGGACAUAGACUUGAACAGUUGAAUAAAAAUGGCGACCAUGAAUCAUCAGAUGAGGAUACUCUUUAAACGUUCAGAAUCUAAAGCAUCAUGGGUAAUUUCAUUGUUCGUACCGCAAAGUGAAAAUAACGUUACGUCAUUGGUUUAAUUUCCAUUGUUUAUAACGUUUUAAACCAAUCAAAACGCUUUGGUGUACAUUUUUGAAAAUAUUACCCAGAAUGCAUUAGAUUCUGAAACGACGAAUUACAAACUAUAUACAGUGCCACAGCGAUUCUUUGUUUUGCCAAGGCAAAUUUAGCUAUUCAAAUUGCAACUGUACCGCUUAUGACGUCGACAAUGGGGGAACGUCACAUUGAGGGGCACAGAUGGAGGUGUGUA